AUGCCGUUGGGACCUUUUCAUGAGACAGACUUUAGACACCUUACUACUGAAAUUUCUGCAAAAAAGAAGAAAAAUAAAAGUCAUAAAUGCAGGAUUUGUUAUAAGGAACUAGGAAUUAUACCAAUAUUUAAUAAUAUACUUUAUCCAAACAUUCCUGAUGAUAUUAAACAUUUUUCUGGUGUUGCAUUUAGUGAAAUCCCAAAUACUUCAAACUACAUGUGUCAAAGCUGCCUUGAUCUAUUGAAUGGAUGCAUCAUGUUUAGAGAGUUGUGCCAAAGAAGUAACAAAAAUAUUGUAAAAGUAGCUGUAAAGACAGAAAACAAGAUAUAUGAAAGAGAUAAAAAACACCAAGACGAAAGUAUAGAUUCAUUUAGUAUUCCAUCACCAACCUUCUCUGUGGAUAAUUCAGAGAUUUGGGGCUGUUCUACAUGUAGUAAAACAUUUGAAAAUUUGGAAUCUUACAAUCAUCAUCUGUCCACUUGCUUGCCACAAGCAAAAAAAAAUUCAAAUUCACUGGAAGAAGACAAAGUAAGAAGGAAAUUUCUUUGUGACAUUUGUGGGAAAAUCUCAACUUCAAAUGCUAGUCUUCUAAUUCAUAUGAGCACUCAUGAGAAUGUCUUUCCCUUCAAGUGUGAAGUGUGCCCUUACCAAGGGCGUACAAUGGACUUACUGAAAGUACACAAGAGAUCUCACAUGGUAGAUAAACCUUUUAAAUGUACUCAAUGCCCGAAAGCCACCACUACUGCUAGCAAUCUUGCAAAACAUAUGCGGCAUGUACACAGCACCACCCGACCAUUUAAGUGCACUUACUGCGACAAAGCAUUCUCUUAUCAACAUGAUGUGAAGAGGCAUAUGAAAGACACACAUUUGCGGCAAGGAACGGUAGAAUGUGAUGUCUGCUUUAAGAAAUUCAAUACAAAGUGA